AUGGUACAUGUGCCGGGUCUCACUGACAAGGGCAUUGUGACUGAAGAACUCACCGAGUUUGUGGAUCUGUUUCCUACUCUGGUAGAAGCUGCAGGUCUACCUCCUAUAAAUCUGUGUCCAGAAAACUCCACUAACGUUCUAGUCUGCACUGAAGGCACUAGUUUGAUACCUCUGAUAACAAACCCAGCAAGUCCCAACUGGAAGAAGGCUGUGUUCUCCCAGUAUCCGAGGAAUGAAUACAACGGAAAUCAAACGGGCUACAGCAUGACCACCGAUCAUUACAGAUACACAGAGUGGGUCAAAUUCAACAUACAACCUGUGUACAAGCCGGACUGGACAGAAGUGUUUGGUGUGGAGCUGUACGACCAUUAUGGCGAUCCUGAGGAAAACAAGAAUCUGGCUUAUGAUUCCGCCUACAGUGCUCUGGUGGCUCAAUUCAGCAAACAACUACAUGCUGGUUGGAGGGCAGCUUUACCCAAAUAG